AUGCAAGGAGAGGGUGUGCGCAAGCUUACUAAAGAUAGAGUCACAUUGAUGGUCGAGUUUCAAGUUCAUACCACUUGCUUGGCAAAUGCGCAGCUCAUCACCAGCGUUCGCUGUAAACAACGGGCGUCGGUUGAUCCCCGUCGACGUGACGAGACGGCCGAAUGCCUUCUCCAAGCGAGGCACCGGAUAAUCGCCGGCAGCUUCAAUUGCUUCAGGUACGAGGAGCUUCAGGUGCUGAAAAGCCGUUGGGGCCGGGCGCUGCACCUCCAACGCACCUACCCAACGGAAGCUCCUGCUACAGCGCCCUUUCCCAUUGUGCUAAACUUUCAAAUCGAGCCUUCACCCGCCGCAGCAGCCCACUACGACGUCUCCGACGUACGGAUCCAAAUUCGCUUAAGUCGCGCGGCUCUGCAGCUUCCUCUCUGGUCUUCUGUAGAUGGUGGCAGUGGCGGUGACGGCGGCGUUAUGACCCGUGGGACAGCUUCGGUCCCGUCACAAACGCUGCCCGCGGGAACCGAGCUGCGCAUUCUUUCGGACGAGCUGCCACGCCGGCUCCGAAAACGCAUGGAGCAAGAGCUCAUCCGCGUCUGGUUGAGCGCCUUGGCGGUUCCGGAGCCGGAGCGCUUCGUAUCACUGGUUUGCCUAGUUCCGGAGCUACUGGAGCCGUACCAGGUCGAGGACGAGCAUGGUUCCACCGUACGGCGGUACGCAAUCGUACACAAUCACGACGAGGAGGAAGAAGCCGUCGUGGGUACGACCGAUGCCGGCAGUGACGGGGUACCGAGCGCCGGCGUAACGCCUCGCGGCGGCGGCAGCGCCGACAGCGCUACUGCGGUCGUACCGCCCAAUAAACCUGGCGCCGCCGCUGCGGCCGCCAGCACCUCUGGCAGUAGCAGGGUUUUGGAAGAGCUGCGGCAACCUGUCGGUUCCACCCCGCCACGUAGGGCCCCCUCGGAGGACGGUGACCCCGCGACGGUGAGAUGCACGCGAGUGACGGCUCCCGGAGCCCCGACAACCAUAAACGAAUCUCCGGCAGUAGCAGCGAUAGCAGCGCCAGCAGGUCUCCUGUCGUACAACGUUGCCCUGAAGGAGCUGCAGUACAUACAAAAGCGCUACAGCCAAGUCUUCUCCUCGCGGGUGAUACGAGAGGGGCAUGCCGGCGGCGGCGGCGGCCAGCAUGCGUUGCUGCUACAGCCCGGCUGCCUCACGACGUUUGAACUGGAGCUACUGCCAACCGAUCUGGAUUGGGACUUGCCGCCGGUUCGCGUGGUGGGGCAGCUACUGCCUGUGUGUACGACAGCGUACCUGCCGUCGCUGGGAGUGCACCUGGCAAGCCGGUUGCCGCCGUGGCUUCGUGCGGCGCUUGAGGAGCACAUGGCGCAGCAGCUCGCAGCGCAGGCCGUGGCGGCGGUGGCGGCGGCAUCGACGGCGGCGGCGGCGGCAGCAGAGCCCCGAGCUGAUGCUGCUGCGGCGGCGGCGCCCGCUUCGGCGGUUGGCACUACGGCAGGCGGUCGUGGUCAUGGUCGUGGAGGGUUUCGGGGUCGCGGCGGCGGCGGACGCAGCGGAGGCGGUGGAGACGCGGAGCAGCGGCAGCAGGAGCAGGAGGUGGCGCCAGAUGGAACGGUGUUGCUGCCGCUGGGCGCGCUCCGAAACCUAUUUCGCGACGUGGAGAAUUACGCAGUCCCCGAAAUUCUCAAACGUUCGCCGGUGGCUCACACGACCCACAUUGCCUAUUUAGGUGCUGUGGCGCGUGCGGCGGACGAGCAACGUCGUCAAAGGGACCAUCAGGCCGCAGCCGCUGUUGAUGGCGGCGGCGGGGACGGCGGUGGCGGCGGGGACGGCGGAGUUUUGCGGUACGAUGAUGACGGGUACGGCGACGGCAGCCACAGGCGGCGGAACGGCGGCGGUGGUGCAGCCACAGGCGCUGACGAGGACGCGGACGAGUACGACAAUGACAGUAGUUGCGGCAGCAGGGACGACGACAAUGACGAUGGCGACGGCGACGAAGAUACGACGGCCGCAGAUGAGGUCGGCUUCAGCGGUACGGCAGCGGCAGGAGGCGCCGCCGGCGCCAGCGCCAGCGCACCAGACACGCCCGCGGCAUAUGCCGUACUGCUUGAGGGUCUCGAACUCGACAACCUUGCGGCGGUUGAGGUGUUGAGAGCCAAUUUCGAGAUGUCCUGUAGGCGGUGCGGGGCGCGCGACACGGUUUCUAUAGCCUCAUCGGCAGUAGCUGGGGGCGGCGGCGGCGGCGGCGGCGGCAGCAGCAGCCAUCAGGCGGCGGCGGCCGGCCGCUGCCAGCGAUGUAACGCUGCUUGGUCGUUGGUGAUGCGGCCGCAUUUCCUGCACGCCACUUCCAACAGCCUCUGCAUCAUCAAGCCCGAGGGCUGUCAACCGGUGGACCUUCUUCCCAGCCUCAUGGCAGGCCAGUGUAGCGAGUGCAGCGCUGUGAUGAGUCUUAGAGAUGUGCAGGUGGGGUUGCCCUUCAGCCGCCACUGCAGCAGCUGCCACAAGGAACUAGCGCUCUCAAUGGCGGCUGUCUCGUUCGUACCCAGGGGCGCGCGGGGCGGCGGCGCCGGCGCCUCCACCGGCCGCCGCCACCGGGGCUCUGUCGCCGCUACGCAGCGGCAGCCGUCUCGAGCAGGCGCCGGCGCCGGCGCCGGCGCCGCCGCCAGCCUCCAGCCUGGUCAACCUCUCCCUGCACUUGGCACUUGCAAGCAUUACCGCCACUCGUACCGCUGGCUGCGUUUCCCUUGCUGUGGCAUGCGUUUCCCCUGCGACCUUUGCCACGAGGAGGCGGUGCCGGACGGGCAUCCAGUUCGCUGGGCCCACCGGAUGGCGUGUGGCUUCUGCUCGACAGAACAGCCGCUGGCGCUGGCGUGUCGCGCGUGUGGUCGGCAGCUGGCGGGCUCCGGGGCCAAUCCUAGCGGCCGGCGAACUCGUUUCUGGGAGGGUGGCACAGGCUGCCGCGACCCCAGCCGUCUCAACAAGAACGAUCCCCACAAGUGGCGAGGUCGCAAUAAGACAACAUCCGCCAAACAGUCCAGGGUCGACCGCGACUUCUGA